ACGAACUGUAUGGUCUCGUAUGCGGGACGUUUCAAUGGCUGUUUUGAAUUUUUGGGAGUGACCGGUGAGUCGUACAUUUUAAUACAACUAUAGGCAUAUCUGAGAAUGUGAGAACACAAAUUUCGGGGCUCGUAAAACAAUGGAUUUUUAAGAUAAAACAUAAAAACGCGUUCUCUCCCAAAUGGUAGGAAAUGAAGUUCAGGAAAUAAAUCGGAAUCGAGUUCGAGGCGUCUUGAGUUUGGGAAAUUGCAGGAUAGUGUACAAUCCCGUUUGCCCGGAUCCUGACGUGACUUUUUUCCUCUUCACCAAACACCAACCAAAAUACCCUGUUCCUAUUCGAGUGGGCACCAACUGGAAGGAAACCAAUUUCAACCAAACGCGCUUUGAUCCCAGGAAACCGACGAAAAUCAUCAUUCAUGGAUACAACUCGGAUAUGAAUAUAAGCGCUUUGGUCGAAGUUAGAAACGAAUAUUUGAAGACGAAGGAUUAUAAUAUAUUCGUUGUGGAUUGGAGCCCGUUGAAUCAAUCACCUUGCUAUCUGGGCGCCUUGCUCAACUUGCCUCACGUAGGAGCUUGCUGUGCUCAAUUGAUCCAACGCUUAUUGGACGUCCAGAAUUUCGACAUUCACGUAAUAGGAUUCAGCCUAGGUGCCCAAAUCACCAAUCACAUAUCUGUUGCGUUAAGACCUUACCGAUUGCCGAGGAUAACAGGACUGGAUCCGGCGCUUCCAGGAUUCGUCACGCUUCACUUAGAUGGAAAGCUGGACAAAUCCGAUGCCCAAUUCGUCGACGUUUAUCACACUAACGCGUUUUUCCAAGGGAAAGUCGAGGAAAGCGGUCACGUCGAUUUCUACAUCAACGGGGGCAUCGUACAACCGGGUUGUUGGGCACAGACAAGAUUUUUCGCUUGCAACCACCAUCGGGCUCCUCUCUACUUCGCGGAGACCAUAAACACCGAGAAGCACUUCUACGCCUGGCCUUGCCCGACUUACUUCGACUACCUGUUGGGACGUUGCCCGCCCGGGGAGCCGCAAAUUAUCAUGGGGGAGUACGUGAGGAGGGCUGCUCAAGGAGUGUACCUGGUUAUAACGGAAUCUGUGUCGCCGUUCGCCGUGGGGAAGUACGAAGGGCCCAGCGUGGAGAUAUUUAAAUCAACGGAGCAGUACAGGAGGAAAGUGCUGGAUAUGUAUAGGAAACGAAUGGUCGGUUUCGUGGACGAGUACGAUUUGUUCGAGCAAUUGGUGGAUGAUAGAAUGGACGUUAAGUCGUACGAUGAGCUGGUUGAAGUGGUGCUGUCUAGUGAAAACGUUGAUUUGUUGAGUGUUUUGUAAAUAGAUCAAUUAUUUGUUUAUUUAUUGUGUUAGUAGAUAUUAAUAAUUUAUAGUAUACAUAGAAAAAUGUUACAAUGUAAGAUAGCAAUGUUGUAUUAAAUAUACUAUUAUUGUAUUUUACAGA